GUCACGGGAGCGGAAGUUCUUAAUCCGGUUCAACCUUGCGUUUUCUCCGCCCAAUUUAUUGGAAUAACUUUAUUUUAACUCCUCGUUUUACUUAGCGUCAUCUCUUAAAACUGAGACGAUGAGCUUCUUCUUGCCAAAGUUACAAACUAAGAAAGAUAUUGAUCACAUUAUAAAGACUGUGGCGGAGAGGGUGUUAGUGCUGCGAUUUGGCCGCGAUCAGGACCCGGUCUGUCUGCAACUCGAUGAAAUUCUUUCAAAGACUGCUCACGAUCUGAGUAAAAUGGCAGCCAUUUACCUGGUGGAUGUUGACAGUGUACUUAUAUAUACUCGCUACUUUGACAUCAGUUACAUUCCUUCUACAGUGUUCUUCUUCAAUGGCCAGCAUAUGAAAGUGGAUUAUGGGUCUCCAGACCAUACAAAGUUUGUUGGGUGUUUCAAAACAAAGCAAGACUUCAUAGAUUUAAUUGAAGUAAUAUUCCGUGGAGCAAUGCGUGGAAAACUAAUAGUACACAGCCCUAUUGAUCCGAGGAACAUCCCAAAGUAUGAGCUCCUUUAUCAUGGCAUCUGAAUACAUCGGCUGGCUGUUGGCUUUAGAGUUGUAUCACAGCAAAAACUUUCAAUUUCUCGUUGUUUUGAAUCAAAUGUUCCCCAGAUAUUGAGGAACUUUGAAAUGUUGGUUAAGUACUUAUCUAGUUCAUACAAUUAAUCAACACAAAAUUCCUUCGAAGAGAUUUGCAGGAACUAUUUUGUAGAACUCCUGGUCCACCAUUGUUUAGAAUUUCACAAUCCUGGAACUGCAAAUUUCAGCUCAUUAUUAAAGCUGCUGCCUCGGGCUUGAUUCAAAGACGA